AUGCAUUCCUCCAUCAAUCGCUUGCAGUCGGUCUUCGGCUUCUUCACCACCGUCGCCCUGGUGGUGGCCGGAUUCGCCGCGCUGUCAACACUCCUCUUCCCCACAGAUGCUACGACAGCAUCGGUGCAGCUGAAGAACGUCCAGGUGGCACAUUGGGAAAAGCAAAGCCGCAGGGCAAGAGAUGCUACAUGCGCUCUACGAAACAACCGGGAGACUAAUCGCACGCCUGCAUUCAGUGUCAAGGGCCGACCGCACUACUAUUCCAGCAAGCGCGAGGAAUACGCGCAAAUCCGCUUCGACCUCGACGCAGACCUCUCUCCCCUCUUCAACUGGAACACCAAACAACUCUUCGUCUACGUCUAUGCCAGCUACUCCUCUUCCGACAACAAGAACACCCAGCUCCGCGACUCGGAAGCUCUGAUCUGGGACACCAUCAUCCCAGCCACGCCCUCCCCGUACUCUUGGGAUGUUUUGAAAGAGAAAGUCACUCCUCUCCUCCCGGCCUCUAUCACUGGCGCAAGCCCAAAGAAAGCAAAGCGCAGUGGAAAGGCAACCGACAAGAAGACGAGGAGCAAGAAGGCUGAAGCCGAGGCUCAAACACCUGGCGUUCUGAGACUUCGGGGUCAGAAGGCCAAGUAUCAGAUCAGUGAUAUUACGGGUCGCCUGGCGGAACGCGAGAACGUGACGCUCUCCGUUGGGUGGAAUGUGCAGCCUUGGGUUGGGGCUUUGUGGUGGAGUCCUGGUACGGGGGCCGUGCCAAGGACUGAGGGGACGGUGGUGAGAAGCAAGGCGUUUGAUUUCCCGCCAUUGAAGGUGAAGAAGGCCGAGAACCAGGAAAGCUCGUGA